AUGGUGCCGUUGCAGGGACUUUGGGGGCAGUUGUGUCGGUGGGCAGAGCAGGCACGCCUGGCAGGGUUGCCGUCGCAGGUGUUAGACUUUAUCCUGCAGCCGCGCACUCCGUGUUUGGAGCGGGCUACCAGGGCUUGGGAGCGGUUUCGGGUGUGCAGAUUCUACUUGCUACCGAAGCUGCACAAGACUCCAGUAGCCGGCAGGCCUAUCUGCUCGUCCACGCUCUGGGUUUUUGAGCAUGCAUCGGCAGUCUUAGACCACUACCUCCGCCCUUUACUACGGUUUUCACCCUCGCACCUUCCAGACUCACUUGCACUUUUGCACCAGCUAGAGGACCUUCGUGUGCCAGCAGAGGCUCUCUUCUUGACCUACGACGUUGAGAGCCUCUACCCGUCGAUCCCUAUCGACGCAGGUAUCAGCUGCAUCGAGAGGUGGUUGCUUCGGUGGGCAGCACAGGAGAGGAUUUCAGGGGGGGUAGCAGACACACUGGUGCAGCUGUUGGGGUUGGUCAUGAGGCAGAACCACCUCGAGUUUGGUGGUCGUUUUUGGCGGCAGGUUCGGGGGACUGCUAUGGGCACGCCUGUAGCAGUGAUCUACGCGGUUCUGUUCAUGGCUUGGUUAGACGAGAGGUUGCUAGAGACAGAGCCCGAGUUGUCGCAGCACGUCCUUCUCCACCGCAGGUUCAUAGACGACGGGGUGGUGGUUUGGACGGGGACACGGGAGCGGCUGCUGGAGUGGGUGGGGGCGUUUGGUGGGUUGGAGCAGACUAUUCGACUGACCCACGAGAUCUCCACCUCACAGUUCACCUUGCUGGAUAUCACGUUCAGCAAGGGAGAGCUCUGGCAGACGACGGCUAUCUUGGACACCACGACCUUCCAGAAGCCGCUCAACGUGUACCAGUACUUUCCUUUCUCCUCCGCGCACCCCUCUCACUGCAAGAGGGGCUUCAUCUUGGGUGAGCUGCAGCGGUACAUUCUGAGGGAGUCCAGUUCUCGAGGGUUUAGGAGUAUCAGGUCGGCCUUCUACGCUCGGCUGCGGGCGCGGAGGUACCCAGACACUUUCUUGCAGCCGAUCUUCAGCAGCAUCUCCUACGCACGACGCCCGGAGCUUCUUGCCAGGUCACGGGCUCGGGGGGAGGGGGAACAGGAGGCGCAGCAGCGGGUUCUCCCUCUUGUUCUCGACUUCCACCCGAGUGUGCAGCAGGUCCGCUGGGGGCACCUCCGUCGCUCCGACAGCUACUCGUGCGAGCGUCGUUCAGGUGACUGGGGUGCCCCUCUCUCGCCGUCGCCGCACAGCACGUCACUUGUCUUCUGUGGGUGUCGUGCCGUCUCGGUUAGUCGUCUGCCGCCUCCCCGCCCUUCCUCCUUGUUUCACAGCACGUGCACACGGGUGGGGCCUUGGAGCGAGCACCUUUCUGCACUUCGCAGCGGCGUGCUGCAUUUGGUUGGGCCGUCGCAGCAGCACCAUCCCCCGUCCAGUCUCUUCGUUUUCUCACACAGGCUGGACCCAGGGAUGCACGACAGCCUCCCGCCUGACUUCUUUGAUUUCAGCCACACAGACCGUUAUGAGUACUGGGAUGCCUUUCUCCUCUUUGCACGGGACUUGGGUUUUGGUAGCAUGUGCAUUGUACCUUCCCCACCUCUGGCCAUAUGA